GAUUCCCUUAAUCCAAAACGAGGCCGUAUGUAGAUUCGUGACGUCAUUAUGGAAAAUGGCGGCUUCCAAAUCGAAAUGGCUUCUUUAUGUCAAAAUGUGUUCAAAUGAUACGAUGUCUUGAUCGUUUAGUUAUCUGAUUCGUAUGUUUUAAUGAAGCAAUAUGCCCUAGUGUUAUAAUGACUGACAAAUUUGGACUUGGAAGCAGUCAUGAAGGGAGACAGACAAUGAAUGGCGAUAUAGAUGAUGGCCCUGCUCCAUUGUUCAUCUCCACUGAGGAGGAAAGCAGUGUGGUAGAGAGAAAGAAGACUGUCCACAACUCCACAGAGAAGAAACGGAAGGAGCAGAUACGCUUCUGGAUCCAACAGAUUGGAGAGCAACUUCCCCCACUGGUCACCACCAAAUCGGAGAAGGAGAGACAUGGAAGGAGCACUCUGGAAAUAGUGGAAAAAGCCUGCAAUUAUAUAAAAGAGUUGAAAGGAAAAACAGAACAUGAUGAAGAGCUGGAAAAAGUUCGCAUAGAGCUUGAAAACAUGAGGGCUGAACGAGACAGGUUACAGGAAAUAUUGAAAAUGGCAGGAUAUGCCGCCACCCACGAGGUGCCUCCCCAAGGGACACCAGUUCCAGUUUCUGAAGCAACAGUGGAACAGGAGAAGAAGAAAACAAAGAAGAGAAACACUAUUAAUCUACAACUAGAACUAAAAAAGCAGCAAGCAGCUGCAGCACAACAAGAGAAUCAGCAGCAACAGCAGAAUGCAGCCUUAGCAACUGGUGCAGCGGGUAUGCAAGAUAUGCUUGCACAGGGUAUUGUGGGUAAUCCCAUGACAAACUUUCCUAACAUGAUGAUAGGUGGUGCUGGGCAGCAACUGAUUAACCAACAGAUGUUUAUGAAUUCCAUGAUGUUUGGUGUGCCCCCUGCUGGUGGCAGUCAGAUGCCAAUGGGAGGUAAUCCAUGCAUGCAGGCUCAGACACAACUAACACAAGGUGUACCAGGUCAGACUGUGACUGUACAACAGUCAGAUAAAAAUGCUGCUGAGGCUGGGGCUGGUCUGCUACAGUUGGCUAUGCAGGAUGCAGGAAUCACUCCAAGUAGUAACAGUAACCCCACCCAGCCUGAGGACUCCAUGUCCACAUCCACCUCACUACAGAGGUCCAGUGUCAGUGACCAGAACAAUGUCAGUUCAGCUCUCCACACACUAGCAUCAGUAGCCUCCAAUACUCAGAAUGUGACAAACGUUUCUCAGAUUCCAGCCAGUCAAGUGCAAUCCAAUGCUUCAAUGAUACAGACAGGUGCUACUACAACAACCACUCAAUCGGUCAACUCCAUGGCACCUAUAAUGGCUACAGGACAGCAGAACUUGAAUGGGAGUAAUGGUAUGAUGAACAUGCCAUUUGUAAAUGGACAACAACAUAUGACUGCCAAUGUUAUGCCGGGGAAUCAGAUUGUGAAUCCUGGGACAUCUAAUGCCAUGCAGCAGAUAAUGUUUAUUAAUGAACAGGGUGUACCGUGUAUUGCAAACAUCCCAGUGGGGAUUGAUCCCUCAUCACUUGGACUUCCAAAUGGAGGGAAGCAGAUUGUAGGGAUGGAUAAAAGUGGGAAUCUGUUAAUUCAAAAUAUGUCAGGACAAAAAGACGACCAGCAGGCAAUUCUAGCUAACACUUUAGCUCAACAGCAGAUGAAUCUGGCAUUGCAGGGUAUUCAACAACCUUUUCAACAAGGACAGACAAAUGUGACAAUGGGAACUAACAAUAUAGUCCAACAGCCAGUGAACAAUCAGCUGGCCUUGAAUCAGCAUAUCAUGCAACCAAUGCAGGGCUCCAUUCAAGGCAUGAACAACUCUCAGAACCCACAGGGUCUUAUUCUGCCUGCAAGUCAGACAGGAAAUCUUCUGACUGUUAAUUCUGUUCCAAGUUUUUCAAAUCCUCAAAAUCAACUUCCACAGGCUUUGCUUUUACCAAAUGGCCAAAUUAUACCAGUUGUGUCUAACCCAAACCUGUUUGCACCAGGCCAGGCUCCAGCAAAUCAGUUGAUAACCCCAGGGGGUCAGCCAAAUGCAAUUCAGCAGGGAGCAGGAAUUCCUCAGCGUUUACCAGUUCCACAGAACAUUGUGUCAUCUGAUGGUUCCCAAGUGAUGGUCACCAGUACUGGACAAUUACAGGUUGCUCAGCAGAAUAUUCAAGGGCAAGGAACAGUGCAACAAGGGUUGCUAAUGACAACAAAUUCCAUCCUUCCGCAAGUGUCGCCAUCAAACAGUUCGACAGCAUCAGGGACCACAAGUCUAGUGACAACAUCAGUCAUCACGAGCACGGUGACAUCAACCUCCGGAGUCUCAUCUCAUCGAAAACCAAAGACCACUCUGAAUGUUACAACAUCUGCAGAGGAUGUGUUACUGAGUCAGACCCAAGGAAGUCUUGUUCAAACUGGUAUGGACAGUUCUACAGCUGUGACAUCACAGGUGAUGACAUCUGACCCCAACAGUGCUUCAAUGAAAAUACUGAAUCCACAGUUACAAAGUGUGUUACAUGGACAAUUGGGAGGUUCGACAGCUCCAAUACUACUGACUAUGAACUGUAAUGGUCAGCCUACCAGCAUUCUUGUGGACCCUACAACAAUGCAGGUUUUAGGAACUGUACAAACCCAACAACCUCCUCAGCAACCCAAUAUGAAUCCAGCCACUUCCGUGGCCAACAGUACUCCUAGCAAAAAGAACAAGAAGAAUGCUCAGCGUGCCAUCUGCCCCAAGCCACAAAUGGCAAAUACCUCCAGUGCUCUAACUACAGUGACUAGUGUAAUAAAUCCCAUUGUUGGUCCAACUGUGACUUUACCUACACAAGUGAAUCCAGCUGUGGGAACAAGUGUUUGGAAUUCAGACAAAGAGUCCAUGGAGGUAUUGCCCCCACCAAGUGCACCAGCUGCUAAGAAAUCUUCAUCCAAAUCAAAAUCUAAGUCCAAAGCCAACAAAGCAAAUUCUGAGAAUCAACUUGAAGCACAAGGGAAAACAGACAGUAGUGAAAUGGGGGAACAGGAUAUUCUAGCAAAAGCUGCUGAAUCAAUUUUUUCUGAAAUUUCUCCUGUGAAUUUUUAUAAUCCAGCAAAUGAAGACAAUCCAUUACAGAUUGAUACGAGUGUGUGUGAAGGAGAUGAUGAAGGAAAAGAAAGUGAAUCGCCUAAAAAAGACGCAAACAAAGUGAAAGUGUCCGAUACAGGUGCUACUGACAAUUCUUCUGUGUUAGAUUCUGAAAUGACAGAAUCUAAUACUGAAACUGUGAGAAACCGGAACAAGAAGGACUUUUCAGACUCUCUUAAAGAACAAUCAUCUGAUGAAAAUGACAUUUUAACAAAUAUAUUGAAGGCAGCUGAGUCCAAUGAACAAGAAAAAUCAACAGAAACAGGAAACAAUUCAAAUGAUCAAGUGGGUGAAAGUUUGUUUGAUAUCAUGUCAAGCACAUCAGUUGAACGUGUGAAAAAAUCCAAAAAAUCAAAGAAAUCCAAGGCUGGAAGUAACACUGCUGAACUUAGUGAUGCUGGAUUAAAGGAUACAACAUCAGUUAUUAGUAUAGAGGGAAAAUCCAGUACACAAAGUUCUAAAAAAUCAGGCAAGAAAUCAAAAAAGACUGAACAAGAAAAUUCCUUGAAAGAAUCUGUGGUUGAGCAGGAAUCACUAAUGUCAAUGCCUGAAGAAAUCACCUUUUGUGAAAAUGAUAUUGAAGAUGUGUUGAAUCAAGUGGAAAAAAUGGGGAAUUCAUUUGAAAGUCCUACAAGCAAUGUAACUAAGAAAUCUUCAAAGUCAAAGAAAGACAGAAGUGAAAAUGCAGAUUCUGAACCAGCUAAUAAAAGGAGGAAAAGAAACCUCUCCAAAGAGAAAUCAAAAGAAGCAGCAGAACCUUCACAACAGGCAGUGUCUGCUGGCAAAUCUUCCUUGUCAGUGUAUGACUUUGAUGACACAGACUUCUCCACUCCGCUUUUUCCACUUCAUUCCACUAGAAAUAUAAGUGGAGGGAGCAAUACAAAGAAUCAGACAGCCUCUUCAAGCAGUGAUAAAACUCCUACCUCUUCUUCCAGUCCACUUUUUUCUAUGCCCGUGAUAACAACAGAAUCAAGCUCAACCACUCCCCUCUUUGAUGAUUUUCCAUUGACACCCAAAAAACGUGGAAAGCACAAAAAGAACAAGAAAGUGGAGGAUAAAACAUCCGAAAUGUCUGGCUCCAAAAAAUCAGACAAUGAUCUCUUAAAUUCUAAUAGUCUAGACAGGUUAACUUCUGAAACUAGGACAGAGAGUGAUAAAAAUUCAUCAAGUGAUGUGACAAAGAAAAGUAGUGACAAUUCUUUGGAGAAGAUGGAUAUUGAUUACUCAUCGAAAGACAAUGAGUUUUUGAGCAAAUCUGAUUCAAGGCAGCAUUCUUUGAGUUUUACUAGUGAACAAACUAACAACAAAAUUUCCACACCUGUAUCUUUUGAAUCUCAAGGGAACAAGGAACAACAGAUGUCUGUGACAACACAAAGUAUGGAUACCAACAGACAAGACAGAGCAGAAGGACAUUUGAACACAAGCAGAAGAUCUGUAACUUCAAGAUCAAACAUGGAACAGAUGUCUGUUGAUACAAAUCCUCUAACAGUGGAUACAAAUGACAUUGAAUCAACAGUGAACAAUUUGCUGGGGUUGUCUCCUCAUAUGUUAUCUCCUGGUAACCAGAGUAACUUGAGGCAGAAACAAGUGCAACAAUCACCACAAUUGCAAACCCCAAAGUCGGCGUCACCAGCUUCCAUGAAGUCUCCAAUGACCUCCCCAGCUGUCACAUAUCAGCAGCAGAUGCACAUGUCAAAUGAACACAUCAUGUCAAGAACAUCUGCUUCAUCCUCCAUAUCAGUUAAUCCCAAUCUUACAUAUUCUGCUGAAUCCUUGUUUAAUUCUCCGCCCAAGCAUUUGGACAGUUCGAGAGGAAUCGAUGCAAAUUCAAGUCAACUGCAACAAAAUUCAAGAAUGCCGGAUAGUGCGGAUUCUAUGAUGAAAUCAAGUGAAGAGAGCAGCAGUGCUGUUCGACCUAAAUCAAUAUACUCUGCCGAUAAUUUUGUACAAAGUGCGAAAAGCAACAAAUCAUCCAAAUCUGCUCCAAAUGUGUUAAGUCCUUCAUUGUCAUCAAAUAUGUCUCGAGGUCAAAAUGAAAAUAGUUCGGAUGGAUUUAAUUUCAAUAAUAUUGGUCUCAAUUUAUCAACUCCAACCACAUCAACAAAUUCCUUUAUGGACAGUUUAACAAUGUCUCCAAUUAUAUCAACUGUUGCAAAUUCAACAACCUCAUCAACUCCUUUUACUUUCACACUGUCCUCUGUUUCAUCCACCCAUACAACAUCAUCUGCAUCUAUGAUGCAGUCAUCUGCUUCACAAUCUCAGAAUUCAUCACAUCAAGGGAACCACAAUUUUCCAUUUUACUCUCCACAUCAGUCGCCACAGCGACCACCAUCUCAUCAUCAAAGGCCACCACCAACGACAUCGGCAUCUCCACAGCAUACCAACUCUGCUCCAAACAAUAUUUCAUCCAGUCAGUCUCAGAGACCCCCAGUGAACAAUUUAUCAAACUUUGACCUCAAUAUACCACCUUCGAACUCGCAAAUGCCGUCUUCACAACCUUCACAGCGGAGGGCAUCUCGUGAACAUGAGGCUAGAAUGUCACAGCAUAUGCCUACUAUGCCUGAAUCGCAGUAUUCAUAUGGUAUGGCAAGAAAUUGCUCAGUCCAGGAUCAAAGACCAAGAGAGCAGACAAUGCCUAGAGAAGAGCCACCUAGUUUUCCAAACAUUACGGUAACUACUCACGAGGGACCACUGAAUAUGGGUAUGAGUAAAUCAAACCCACAUAAACGAAUGAAUGACAUUGGGCAAGGAAGCAUGUCUUCAAAAUCGACCAGUGAUUCUAGGUCAGAUAGGUCUUCAGUAGGGUACAGCAUGAAUAGUAGUGCCAUGCAGCCAUUCUUUCCUCCCCCCAACUUUUCAAAUUCUACAAGUAAUCCACUGGAAACUACUUUGCACCACCCUCCCAUGUUGGGCACCGAUAACCGAAGCAGCAUGGGUGUUCGGGGUUUUGACCCAGUGUUCUCGCCCUCACAGAGUUACAAUCCAGUGCAGCAGAGUUUUGGUGGAAAUCGAUAUGAAAGUAACAAUGUGCCACCGUUUUCACAAAGAGAUUCAUCUGGUACUCAGCCAUUAAGCCACACUCCACCCAAUCAAGCAAUGGAUGGGCGCAAAUCUGCCAACACCCCAUCCUCUCAGACAGCAAAAAGUAACAAACAGCCUUCUCAACCAAUGCAAGGAAAUCAGACAAACAGAGCUAUGAAUGGACCACCAUCACAUCGGUCAGGACCAACACCACCCCAUGUACAGCCACAGGGAUCUCACAGACCUACCCCACAACAACAGCUCUCCCAGCAACCUUCUCAACAAUCUAGGUCAAAGUCAUCCAGCUCAAGUUCAAGGUCAUCCUCUUCAAAACAAUCUCAAAAGAAAAAACAGACUUAUGUUGAAAUGGAAAGUGGUAUUCCCCCUCAUCCUGCAAUGUUUGAGGCUAACAGAAUGACACCUCUGUUCCCCCUACCACCCCAGGCUAGAUCUCCAACUUUCCCAGCCAGUUUAUUUGGCUCUGGACCACAUCAAGGUGCUUCUAUGUCAAAAAAUACAGAACUCAGUAGUCCUUUCAAUCAGCUGUUCCCGCCAGCUCGCCCACAGAAUGGACUAGGAUUCCAAUUCAAUAAUUUUGGAAUGAACAGUGUACAUAGUGCCAUGUCCAAUUCGCCUCAAAUUACUCCCCAUUCUGGAAGUGUUACAGUAACUCCACACAUGUCAAACUUCACAUUUACAAAUAUUUUCUCGGAUGUAAACAAUUCUUCACAGAAUGAUGCUCUCAAUAUUUCACCUAUCAAAUUUCCCCAUCCAAAUUCCAUGCUUCCACCUCAGGGCAUGGAUCCAAACUCGCUACAUCAUCCACAUCAACAAGGAUCAUCCAUCUACCAUCACCACCACAAUCGAGCUCAUCCAUCAUCCGUUAUCCACAAUGCAAUGAACAUCAAUAGCAUUUUGGGCCAUAAUCACCACAGCUUCGACUCUAGAGGAAUGUCACAGGGUAUGAAUACAUCGGUUGCUCCUCCCUUUCCAGGACAUGGGCACCCAGCAGGAUUUGGCAUGCCUCCUCUGAAUUUCUCCAUGCACGAUACAUGAGCCAGACCAUGCUCUAUGUAGUUUCAACCUGUUGCCUUCACCUGUGGUUCUGCUCUACACUGUUGAGAAAAUACCUGUAUGUAAUGAACUUCAGUGUUCUUAAUACUGGUUAUAAAAAAAAUGUGCCAUACUUUUUUACAACUUUUUCUAUAUGGAAUAGUUAAGAGCAGUGUUUUUUCUAAAGUUUUGAAUGACACAGUAUUAGAAUAUUAGCAUUGAUUUGAAAUUUGUUGUUUUGAAGUUUAUUUUUCGUAAGGUUACAUUAUUACUCAUCCAGCCCAGCUUCAAUUUUUGAAUUUAAAUUACUUGGUCUUGCACCUCAUUGUUGUGAUUUAGACUCUGUUACUUCCCUUGACAGAAGGGAUUUUUUUAUUCCCCCGUAAUUGAAGAUGCGGGGGCUUAUAAUUUUUGGUCUGUUUUAUAAUGAGCUAUGCUUUAAUUGUUUGGUUUAUCAUUUUUCAAAAUUUCUGUGCGACUGCUUACCAAAUGGGUAGAAUUUUUUAUGGAUUUAUUUUUUUCUUCUAAAAACUAUGUAAUUUUAAUGUGCCUAUUGCAUACCAAAAGAGAGGGGAUGUUUUUUUUGUUGUUAGAAGAAUUUUCAAUAUAGUGUCAAUACAUACACAUGUAAUUUAGAUGGGUUACUCAUUUGAACAGAUAAUGCAAGUACUUAUUAUUUGGUACUUUAAGUUCUUACUUGUUAUAAUUCAUGGUUUCAUACCAGUAGUCCCAAAUUUAUUGAAGAUUUCAUUAAGGACAUUUGUCUUCAAGUCUUCCAUAUCUUAUCUGAGUGUAAAACUUGUCACCCUAAAUCUGACAGUACCUUUAGCCUAAUUACAAUUAUUCAGUAUCAACACUGUUACAGAGAUUUCAAUUUUGGAAAUUUAACUGGUCUCGCUGUGUAAUAUUUAAUCUUUAAAUUGACUUCAUGUGUUUGCUCAGAAUUGGAGUUUGUCUCCCCCCUCCCCCAUGGUAUCUGCUAGAUUUCACUGCACAAGUAUUGGAUGUAUAUAAACCAAUGCUUUAAAACAUAAUGUUCAUCAGCCUGAAUUCUGAAAGGAAUGGUGCAAAACAUUUGAUACUGGGCGAGAAAGUGUUGCAGUGCUUCACAGGUGUGGACCCCCUUUUCAUUCCUUUUUAAAUCAUGAAGUUUUUGAGAAGCAGGUAAAAACAAAACCAAAAAAAUAUUUUCUGAUCAAAUCUGUAGACUUGCAGAUUUCUCUAUAUGUUAAAGAUAAAAUUUUAUAUUGUUUCAAUGGCAUCUAAAAUUAAUUUUUUCAAAUUUUACUUAUUAUGACAAAUGAAUAAAGUCCUAGUACAUCUUAUAUCACUGAAUGAUUAUUUAGAAUUUGACCAAUAUUUAAAUUUGCAAGAUAAUCAUGUUCUAAUUUCCCUAGCAGGUGUCUAGAGAGUUUUGCGGUUGUAUUAUAAAUGGCAAAUGAAUUUAGAUCUUUGAUUUAUGAUCUUGAUUAAUAUAUUUUUUUGUUCAAGCUGAGCUUGAGAAUAGGUAGCCUAUUAUAUUUCACCUUUUGUUUUACUUCUUGGUAUGACAGUGAAAAGUUACAUACCUGUUUGUUAAAUUAGGUAGGCCUCAACAUGUUUAUGGAGGAUGUCCACUGCCAACUAUCGUCAGUGUACUUAAGAUAAUGUAGUUACCAGGAUAUUUUGACAAAUAUAAAUGGUAUGAAAGGUUGUUUGUUUUGUGCUAAGUGUUACGAGGUUUUAUACAUGCAUUGAAAGGCUUUUUUUAAAAUGGAAAAUUAAUAUGCAUUGAUGAGAUGUUUGCAACACUGCAAAUUGUAAUAUAUGGAAUUGAUAUGUUGGGCAUAGAGUUGUUCUUUAAUGCAAAACAUAUCAGAUCAUUAUCAAAAGAAACGAUAUUUUAAUGAAUUUCUAAAUGUUGUUAUUAGUAUUAGAUGUAUUAAUAUUCAUGCUUUUAUAAGGUUGUAUAUAUUGAAUAUACAGAGUAUAAAAUAGUGUACGUACAGCGUAUGUUUCUCAUUGUAACUUGUGAUAAAAUAGGUCAUUGCUGCCUAUUUUAAGGCAUACCAUUUUAAAUAUAUCAUAUUUUUUGUACAAUUCAUGAAUCAAAUACAUAAUUGAAAUGAUAUUUAA